AGUCAUGCACCGGCAGUGAUUGAAGAAGUGUGUGCUGUCGUUUGGCGAAAUUAGAAUAAUUAAGGAAUAAUUCUGUUUUGUUGUAAAAGAAUGACGUCUUGGAGGGCUAAGAAAAUACUAGGCUUGAUUCCUCAAGCAGAAAAUAAAAUCUAUAAUACCAAUAAGGAAAACUAUGAAGAGAUUAAAAAUAAUCUUGAAAUAGAAGAAGAAAACCAGGAAAAUAUGGUCCCACCGUCCAUUGCAGUCACAGAAGUAGAAAGCACAGCACCGAUAGAAGAAUUAUUACACACUGAAACACGACCUGUUAGUCUUGUAUUUGACUAUAGAAGCGAUUCGACUGUAAGUGAAAAUAUGGAAGAUAAUGAAAAGCCAGAGAAUGCCUCAGAUAACUUAGCAGUCAUGCAUUCUAGACGUCCAUCCUCACGGUCUUCCAAAGAUUCGGUCUCUUUUAGGUCGUCAUCAUCUAGUUCAUCGACAUCUAAUUCUUCUUCAGCGAGUUCUUCAUCUGCAACGAGUUCUUCGUCGUCAUCGUCAUCGAGCUCGUCAUCCAGCAAUAAUAUGCCACAGGAUAAAGACACUUGUGUACAAGAACUUGAGCCAAGCAGUGAGGAUAAUAUACCACAAGUGAUUAACGCUAAUUUACAAGAACUUCGGCCAAGAAGUGAGGAGACUAUAUUACAGGAAAAAAAUACUAUUGUACAAGAGCCUAAGCCAACUAGUGAGGAGAAUAUACCAUCUUGCUCCAGUUUGAUAAAGAAUAAAGACAAACAGCAAAGGCAAUGCAGAAGUAAGAACAAUGUGAAUAAUUAUAUUUCUCCUAUUUACACUGAUCAAAGCGAUGUUGAUAUCAGUGAUGAUGAUCCAACUGUGGAUUAUAAUACAAUAUUUGAUAGGCCAGCCAAACGAAAAAAUUAUCUAUUUGGGGAACCAACUCCUUAUUCUUCCGAUUCUAGUACUAGUAUAGAAGAAAAUAGCUAUAGAGGCCGAAAGCGGUCUAAAAAUAUUUAUAAAUGGCAGCAAAUUAAAGCAAAACAGCUCAGAAAUAGAGGCGAAUCCUAUGUUUCAAUGUCAAAAUCUCGUAAAGUAAUUCCAGAACGCAUUUUAAAAGAUACGUGUACAGAAAAAUGUAAGUUAAAAUGUUCAGAAAAUAUAUCUUCAGAAAAUAGAUACAAAAUCUUUUCUAGCUUUUGGGAUUUAGGUAGCUUAGUUGCACAGAGGGCUUAUAUCCGAACAUGUAUGGUAGAUGUAACACCAAAGUACAAAUAUACUAAUGCUGAACAUCCUAGGCGUCCGAACAAAGCUUUCUAUUUCACAAUUGAUGACAAGAGAAUUAAAGUGUGUAAGACUUUCUUUAAAAAUACACUGUCAGUUUCUGAACGAAUGGUUUACACUGUACAAUCUAAAAUGAAUGAAGGUUUUGCUAUGAAUGAGUUGCGAGGUAAGCACCAAAACCAUAAAAAACUUGAUCCAGAAUUACUAAAUGAUAUUAGGAAUCAUAUUACUAUGAUCCCGAAAAUAUCUUCACAUUAUGUAAGAUCCUCAACUUCAAAAGAGUACAUAGGUGGUGAUAAAACAAUAAAAGAUUUAUAUAGCGAUUUUGCUUCGCAGCAAAUGAUCAAUAACAAAGACGUCGGUAAUUACAUGGCAUAUUAUAAAAUUUUUACUGGUGAAUUUAAUUUGGGUUUUCAUCAGCCAAAGAAAGAUCAAUGUGAUCUGUGUGUCGCAUAUACUAAUUCGAACGAUGAACAGAAAAAAGAUUUGGAAAAUCAAUAUCAGAAGCAUUUAGAAGAAAAAACUUUAAGUCGUUUGGAAAAACAAGUUGACCGCCAAAACAUAACAAAAGAUAACAAAGUUGCAGUUUACGAUUUAGAAGCGGUAUUACAAUGUCCACGAGGCGAUACAUCAGCGUUUUAUUACAAGUCCAAGCUAAAUAGUUAUAAUUUGACUGUUACUGAAUUGACAUGUGGCGGAAAGAAAGCUUACGAAAAUGUACAUUGUUACUUUUGGACUGAAGUAGAUGCUAAGCGAGGAGCAAUUGAAAUAGGCUUUUCUGUAUGGGAAUAUUUAAAAAAUGUGUCUGCCGAAGAUGUAGACUUUAAAGAAAUUACAUUUUACUCGGAUAACUGUUGUGGGCAGAAUAAAAAUAAAUUUAUAGCUACAUUAUAUAUGUACGCUGUAACUAAUUUAAAUAAUAUAACCAGCAUAACACAUAAGUUUUUAAUAAGAGGGCACACCCAAAACGAGGCGGAUAGCGUACAUAGCUUAAUUGAAAGAGAAGUCAAGAAAAACUUAAAAUCAGGUCCAAUUUACAGUCCACAUCAAUAUGUUACAUUAAUUAAAAAUGCAAAAAAGAGCAAUCCACCGAUAACCGUACAUGAAUUGACGUUUGACUCAUUUGUGGACAUAAAAGCUCUGCAAGAAGAAUGGGGGUAUAAUUAUAAUGUUGACGAAGAUGGAAAUACUGUAAAUUGGAAUGAUAUUAAGCUUUUAAAAAUGAUAAAAUCGGAACCGUUAUGCUUUUAUUAUAAAACGUCAUACAAGGAUAGUACUUUUAAGAGAGUUGAUGUUAGGAAUAAAAGGAAGAAAAUGCUUAACAUAGCGGAAAUUUCUUUAAGUAAAGCUUAUACAGAAAACCAGGAACUAAGUGCUAAUAAAAAAAAAGAUUUAAGAGAAUUGAUAACGAAGAAGUUGAUUCCUUCCUUUUAUGCCAUUUUUUACAAUUCCAUAAUUUAA